UCCUCCAGGGUGCUGACAUCCAGAAGAUUAAGAUGACUUGUUCUAUGAAGAAUGACAGCCUCAUAGGAUUUCUUCUAGGUCUCGCCUUACUAUCUUUUGUCCAUGGAUAUAUCAAGAGAGACAUAAAUUAUAUGCUGCUAAUCCCAGCUACGCUGCACUAUCCUUCCAUAGAGAAAGCCUGCCUGCUGCUGGAUGGGGACCUUUACAAGUGGGGUUUUAUUGUGACUGUGACCUUGGAGGUUCAAGAGCAAAACCUUAAUUUGUGUAAAAAACCCCCCAAAACUGGUUUUCACUGUUGUUACUUUACGGUUCCUGCCCCAAGUGAUGGCACCUCUGAAGUUGGUAUAGUGAAAAUCGAAGCUCAAGGCAAUGUCAAUUUUGUGGACAGUAAAAAGGUGUUGAUCUUGAGAGUACCUCUUGGAGUUGUGAUUCAGACGGAUAAACCAAGUUACCGCCCAAGUGAUACUGUGAAAUUCCGCAUUGUGACGUUGGAUGAGAACUUUGUGUGCGCAAAGAUGAAGUACAACGUUGUGGAGAUGAAGGACCCUAACGGCAACCGCAUCUUUCAGUGGUUGGAUGUGAACACCACAAGUUGCAUUGCAGAUCUGAGCUUUGUAUUGACCUCCGAUCCCAUACUGGGCACCUACAUCAUCAGGGUAGAUAAUGGACUGGCACUCAAGACCUUUGCAGUUGAAGAGACUGUGCUUCCUCGCUUUGAAGUCACCAUUGAACAGCCAUCUAUGAUUUUCUCUGGGGAUCCCACAUUCUUACUGAAAGUUUGUGGAAAAUAUACUUAUGGGAAGGGGGUUCAAGGAAACGUGAAUGCUGACAUUUGCAAUACGAUCUGUACUACAAUCACUGGAGAGACAGAUACCACCGGUUGCUUCCAAUCAAACGUGGAUGGAAAUCUCUUGAAGUUCAAUAACUAUAUCUAUAAUGUUGAGAUAAAAGCGUCUCUGGUAGAGGACGGCACAGGAAUAACGUUUUAUGCCUUCAAAACGGUCCGUGUUUCAUUUGAAGAACAAAUCCUCGCAUUUGAAGAAAUGGAUUCUUAUUACAAAGGUGGAUAUCCAUAUCGCAUAACGCUAAAAGCGCAGGAUCGGGAUGGUGCCCCACUCCAGUUUGUAAAUGCUUCUCUGGAAGUGAAUUUUCAAAAAGAUACGAUCAACGUAGAUGGAAAAACGGAUAAAAAAGGAAAAGCACGCUUUACCCUGGACACAUCUGGAUGGAACGGGCAAGUCAUGAUCCGGGGAAACAUCAUCACUUCCUCUGCUGGGCAAUUAGAUGGAAGAAUUUGGGGUCCAGUGCACUUCCUGCUCCCCUUUUACAGUACAGCGGAAAGCUUUCUAAGACUGCAGCCCUUCUCUGGGAUCAUUCCAUGUAACAAGCGAAUAAGGAUACGAGUGGAAUAUGUUAUAUGCCCAAGUGACCUAAUGAAAGACUACAAAAGUGUCAAAUUCUAUUAUAUUGUUAUAGGUACCGGUGGGAUAAUGCAACAUGGAGAAGAAUUAAUCGUAUUGGACAAAGAGACCUCAUUUAAUGGAUUCUUAACAGUCCCAAUCACUUUCACAUCAAAGUUUGGGCCAGCUCCCAAAAUGAUUGGGUUUCUGCUGCUGAAAAGUGGUUAUGUGACUGCAGACAGAGUGCUCCUCUCGAUGGAAAAAUGCUUUCCUAAUCAGGCAUGGUUGAAGUUUUCACAGACAGAAGCCAGCCCAAAAGCAAAGCUGAGUCUCCAGAUUGGAUCCUCAGCUGGAUCCAUGUGUGCAAUCAGAGCUGUGGAUAAGAGCGUACAGAUCAACAAUGAAGAAAAAGAGUUGACCACUGAAAAUGUGUUUUCAAUGUUUGAAGGUUCUGUAAGAGGUGGAUAUCCAGACGUUGUACAGGAGCAUCAGAUCUAUCGUUGUUGGAACGAUGAUUAUGUGGAUGUGUUCUCUUUAUUUAAGGAGACUGGUACUAAGGUCCUGACAAAUACACAAAUACUGCAGCCAGAGAAGAAAUCUACCAACUGCAUGAUGUUUCAACAACCAAUGAUGUAUAAUAAUGUACCAAUGGUUCAGCCAUCUCAAAGCAAUGAUGCGGUGAGAAAAUAUUUUCCUGAAACCUGGCUCUGGAACCUUGUACCUAUUGGUGAAUUUGAAAAAACAAGCAUUCAAGUAACUGUCCCAGACACCAUCACACAAUUCAAUGCCAGAUCCUUCUGUGUGGGAGACAGUGGUUUUGGUCUAUCCCCACAAGUUUCUUUGACUGUCUUCAAACCAUUCUUCGUAGAACUUACUCUGCCAUAUUCCAUCAUCCAAGGAGAGACACUUAUUCUCAAAGCUUCUGUCUUCAAUUAUCUCAAGCAGUGUUUGAAGGUCCAAGUAACCCUGCUCAAUACUACAGAUUUCUCAGUGAAAACAUGUCAGAACUGUAUGUACUCUAGUUGUGUCUGUGCCAAUCGAGAUGUGACAUUCGUCUGGAAUAUCACUACCAACCAGAUGGGACUGCUGCCCCUCACUGUGAGAGCGGAGGCAGUGGCCGGCAAUGAUUUCUGUGACGGGGAGAAACCAUAUGUGCCCCCUAGUGGAAACCUAGACAUACUGCAACGACAACUUCUAGUCAAACCACGAGGCUUCAAGAAGGAGGUUACAGAAAAUAUAUACUUAUGUCUGAAUGGUUCUAAUGACCACAUCGAAAAAUCAUUCUCACUUAUUCUGCCGGAUACGUGGGUGAAGAACUCAGAGAGCGCAUAUGUCUCCGUCAUGGGUGAUAUUCUGGGCACAACCCUGCAAAACCUCGAUCAUCUUAUCCAGAUGCCGUAUGGCUGCGGAGAGCAGAACAUGCUGACUAUGGCGCCCAUUGUAUACGUGCUGGCCUAUCUGAAAGUCACAGAACAGCUGAGCGCUGCGCAAAAGGAGAAAGCCAUAGGUUACCUGCAAAGCGGAUAUCAACGACAGCUCUCCUACAAACGCUUCGAUGGGUCGUACAGCGCAUUUGGAAUGAACGAUGCUGAAGGAAGCACUUGGCUCACCGCAUUCGUGAUUAAGUGUUUCUACCAGGCAAAGAGCUACAUAUUUAUUGAUGACGAAGUCCUGGCACAAGCCGUGACCUGGCUCGGUCUACAGCAGCAAGAGGAUGGUUGCUUCAUCAGUCGAGGGAUGCUGUUUCACACACUCAUGAAGGGUGGGGUGGAGGACGACGUCUCACUCAGUGCUUACAUCACAAUAGCCCUUUUGGAAAGGGGCACCCCAGGAACUGACCCUAUGCUGGUGCGGGCUCUCUCCUGUCUAAAAAACAAAGUGAGCAACUCAUCCAACCUGUACACUGUGGCACUGUUGGCGUACACCUUUGCCCUGAGCAAUGACUUUGAAACCAAGCAGAUACUUCUAGAGAAACUUUUUCCAUUUGCAGUGUCCUCAGGAGGUAACCUAUACUGGAUGUACACGAUUAAGACCGUUGAUUACUCCAUAUCAGCCAGUGUUGAGUUAUCUUCGUAUAUUCUACUAGCGUUGAUUACUACCCCUACGUUAGCGGCAAGUGAGCUCCAAAAAGGCUUCCAGAUUGUCAACUGGUUGAUGAAACAGCAGAAUUCCUACGGGGGGUUUUCUUCCACACAGGAUACCGUCGUAGCUAUUCAAGCUCUGGCUAAGUACACAAGCAUAACAUACACCCCGAAAGGCUCUGUGUCCGUUACGGUUUCUCAGAACAAAAAGACUGUGGGGCAGUUUCAGGUGGAUGAAACGAAUCGUCUUCUCCUCCAAAUGGUGCCUCUGCCAAUCAUUCCUGGGGACUACGGGCUGACCUUUAAAGGAAAGGGCUGCGUGUUUACUCAGAGUGUCCUAAAAUACUAUGAGCUGCUGCCGCAAGGAGCACCAUUCUUUAGUAUUGAUGCCAAAAUUGGGGACUGUGGGAGAGACAACCAACUAUUGACUAUUCAAAUAAUAGUCAGCUACACUGGAGAUAGAAAAGUUACGAAUAUGGUCCUUAUUGAGGUGGAAAUGCUCUCAGGAUACCAGCUCAGCUCUAUCGGCAUCGUUAAGAUCAAGUACUUUCCUCUGGUGAAGAAAGUUGACGUGCGCCAAGAUUCCCUUACCAUUUACCUAGAAGGGCUUGGUCAUAAAUCAAACACAUACUACAUUCAUAUUCAGCAAGAGACCCAGGUCAAGGACUUGAAACCAGCAAAUAUCAGAGUAUAUGACUAUUAUCAGACAGAGGAGAAUACUAAGACGACGUACAGUCCCUGCCCGUGAGAAGUCGCAACGCUGUCCUCCAGGGACAUCAUAGGGCACCGAAGUGACUGGGUGAUUCAUAUAUGUGCAUGGGGGUGGAAUAGGUGUCACCAUGAAUAGAAUAAA